AUGGAAUCCGUAACAAAUCGCAUAGAAAAACUCAAAUUUAGUGAAAAUAAGUUAGAAUCUGAUGGAAAUUUAAAGUUAUCCGAUAACUCUUUCCCCCUGGUUCACACCGAAAGGUUUACAGUUACAGAUUCAAACGGUACUUUAAACCCGCAAUUUCAUUAUCAUAACUCAGAUGAGGAUACUGAAUACACAUUAACGGCACUCAAGUUUUCUAAUUCCUGGCAACUUUUCUUGACAUACUCAGGAAAUGUUGGAACCUGGUUAUGCUCAUCCGCAGAUUUAUCGCAUUUGGACAUUUAUUCAACCAAAGUUUUGUUAGGAGAUAGGACUAAGGAAUACUACCAGAUUUACUCCAGGAAUGGAAUCAAGGUCCUUUGUGAUUGUCUGAGAGAGAAAAACAAAAUCGACAAAUACUCUCCCACAGGUUUUAAGACAUGUUUAAGCAACUUUUAG